CACCCUUCCAUCACGCAAAGUAUUAAAAGCACACGUCUUACUUCUCGCGCUCUCUCCCUCUCCCCACCUAACAUCUCCCCUCCCUUCUGCAAGUUUCUUACCGACCCUUCCUUCCCUUCUUUUAUUCGAUUCCAUAUAAUCGUCUUCAUCUUCUUCCUCUGGGCACAGUCAUGGAUUCCAUUCUCAUCAAAUCUCUUCCCAGACUCUUAAUCGCGGCAGCAGUUGUCCUCCUGCUGGCAAGCCCCAUCUUCGCAAAAGAUGUCGCCUAUUGCAGUGGUAGAGAUAAUUAUGCGGUUAAGGUGAAGGGACUGGACAUCAACCCAGAUCCAGUCGAGAGGGGGAAACCUGCCACUUUCAGCAUCUCGGCCACCACAGAGGAACCCAUCACCGGUGGUAAGCUGCUUAUUGAAGUCUCCUACUUUGGUAUACAUAUUCAUUCUGAAACCCAUGAUCUCUGCACCGAGACAACCUGCCCAGCAUCGGGUGACUUUGUGCUUGAGCAUUCCCAGAGUUUGCCGGGGUUCACUCCUCCUGGAAAUUACUGGCUGACCAUGAAGAUGAUCAGCCCCCAGGGCAAACAGCUGACCUGUAUCAACUUUGGUUUUAGCAUCGGUUUUGCAUCAUCGGUUGCUGCUGAUUGAUUGCAUGGAACCUACAGUCCCAUCCGUGAAGCUGUUCUCCCUCUGUUCAUAUUUGUAUACAGACUGUCUUUUAGAUGCUUGACAUACUGCCGUUUCUUUUGAAGGAAGCGAAAGGGCCUGGCAUAUGGCUCAUGGACCACCUUUACAUGAAUACGAUGUUAUGUUAUAAUCUUACCUUAAAUAAUGUUUAUUCUAGUCUAUGUUCCUUAGUA